UCCUUUUCAUGUUCAUGCUCAUAAGUCCUCUGCUUGCAAUGCAUGGACAAUGUCUGCUGCUCUGAGACUUAUCAGAAGAAUGCUGAGCCUGAGGAUAACACUAGCAGCCUUCGUGCUCUUCAUCCCAACAUCUCAGUGUUUAACGUCAAAUGAUUCCCCAUUCUCGCUUACAAACAAGGCCACUGGUUUCUGUUUGGUGAAAAGAUCCACCCGCUGCGUUGACGUGCGCUGGACGACUGGUGAUCGCCUUUUAGUUCCCACAACCAAAAAGUGCCUGGGAGUGCAGGGGAAAAGUGUGAACAGUGAAGUGACCCAGUAUGACUGUGAUGACAAGAGUGAUCUCCAGAAGUGGGAAUGCAGGAACGAAACACUGCUAGCCCUCAAAAACACAAAUCUCUUUAUUGAAAUAAAAUCAGACCAAACAAUUGCUCUCUCCAGAAGCAGUGGGCCGAAUAGCCAACUCACGAUCACAGGGACGUCCAGCGGCGCUUGCUCGAGAACAUACAGAGAACAUUACACCCUUGGAGGAAAUGCGUUUGGCAAGAUCUGCAUGUUUCCCUUCCUAUACAAAGACCGGUGGUAUGGAGAUUGCACUCAGUCUGACUCCUCAACAAGGCGUUUUUGGUGUGCGGUUGAAACAAAAUAUGAACAUGAACAGUGGGGAUACUGCCCGUCAAAUUCCAAUGAGCACUGGUCAAAAAACCUUGUAACUGGAGCGUAUUACCAGCUCAACACACAGUCGGUCCUGACCUGGGAUCAGGCUGCAACCAGCUGCAAACAGCAGGGAGCCUCCCUGCUCAGUGUCUACGAUCCCAAUGAGCAGGCUUUUCUCUCAGCACUACUGCAAACAGGGAAACACAAACUGUGGAUCGGGUUGAUACUGGACCCAGAGCAUGGCUGGCAGUGGUCUGAUGCAAAGCCCUUCCGGUAUCUGAGAUGGACUUCAGGACACCCACUUCCUAAUCCGGGACACAACUGUGCAUUUCUCGACACUGCUGGGCAGCACAUGUGGCAAAGUGCAUCUUGUGCCAAGAAACUGGGCUACAUCUGCUACAAAGAUGGCACUCAGCCUACUCAUCCAGAAAUUGAGCAAGGUUUCUGCGCAUCCCCUUGGAUUCCUUACAACGGCCACUGCUUCCACCUUCAUCGUACUCUCCAAACCUGGUCUAAUGCUCAGAAAGAGUGCCGCAAAGAGGGAGGGGACCUGGUCAGCGUCCGCAAUGUGGAGGACCACAGCUUUGUCAUCUCUCAACUCGGAUAUGCGUCCACUGAUGAACUAUGGAUUGGACUGAACGACAUUAGGACAGAGGGACUGUUUGACUGGAGCGACCACUCACCUGUCACCUUCACCAGCUGGGAGUUUGGGAAACCAUCCGUCUCCACUGAUGCAGACGACUGUGUUCUAAUCGCGGGAGAGAAAGGGAACUGGGGGGAUCGCUCAUGUGAUGAGCAACACGGCUUUAUCUGUAUGAAGCAGAGCUCCACUGACAGCACCGGAGAAGAAGUACCGAUGGAUAUAGGCUGCAAACUUGGCUGGAAAAAGCAUGGCUCCUACUGCUACUUCGUAGGGACAGAGACAAAGACGUUUGAUGAAGCCAAAGAUGACUGUGAGGCUUCAGACUCUUACUUAGCUGAUGUUUCAAAUGGGGUGGACAAUGCAUUCCUUGUCAGCUUGGUUGGGUUGCGACCAGAGAAAUACUUCUGGCUGGGCCUCUCAAACCAGAAAAACAUUGAUGAAUUUGUGUGGACCAAGGGAAACACAGUGAAGUUUACUCACUGGAACACUGGAAUGCCAGGUUAUACACAGGGAUGCGUUGCCAUGACAACUGGGAUUUUGGCUGGACUCUGGGAUCUGCUGCCCUGCACCAACAGGUCGAAAUAUAUCUGCAAACACCUGGCAGAAGGGGCAGUUCCGACAGUACCUGUACCAACUCAGUCUCCGCCGAAGUGUGCGCAAGGUUGGAAUCGAGUGGGAACAAGAAACUUCUGCGCUAAGUUCUUUACAGGGCCUCGAUCAAGUGAAAAGACCUGGUUUGAGGCCAGGGAUUACUGCAGGGCCAUUGGAGGAGACCUGCUCAGCAUCCACAGUGCUACGGAGCUGCUUGUGGCCCAUGGGCACGGGAGAGCCUGGAUUGGACUUCGAGCUCCUGACACCAGCACUGGUUAUACAUGGAGUGAUGGAUCCCCAUUAAACUUCCAGCACUGGCAGGAGGGAGAGCCAAACAAUCAUAAUAAUGACGAAUCCUGUGUCGAAUUCAGAAUUUAUAACUGGGACGAGUAUGGGUCUUGGAACGAUCUGAACUGUGAGAGUUACAAUGACUGGCUGUGUCAGAUACGUGCAGGAGUGACUCCAGGACCACCUCCAAACAAUACUGCUGUGGAAACCGAGACCACUGCAGAUGGUUGGCUUGUGUGGGGAGGGAAUCACUAUUAUAUCGUCAGAAACUCAAUGUACAUGGAUGAUGCUCGUCAAUUCUGUCAGCAGAGACAUGGUGACUUGGUGUCUAUCAACAGUAAAGAGGAAAAUGUCUUCCUAUGGAAACAGAUUUCGAGGAGCUAUGGAUCCUAUUAUAUAGGCUUGUCAGUGGAUCUUGACGGGUCAUUUUGGUGGAUGGACGGUACUCCAGUGGGGAUACAAAGAUGGGAGGAAAAUCAACCCAGUACUGAUAACUUUAACUCUAUAUGUGUUACGAUGAAUUAUUAUAUGGGUUACUGGCAGACUUGUAACUGCGGCCAAGAGCACCAGUUCAUUUGCAAACGAAGAAGCUCAGCUCCUGUCAACUCCACUCUUGCCCCCAAAAUUUCUACAAAAGGUGGUUGCCCUCUCAAGUGGGAAAAAUUCGACUCAAAGUGUUACAGUAUCGUUACUGACCGAGUGAUGACCUGGGAAGACGCAAGGAGACAGUGCAAGAGCAUAGGAGGCAAUUUAGUCUCGAUUCCCACAAGGCGUGUACAAGCAUUUCUGAUCAUCCAAAUGGCUAAAUUGGGGGCUAAAGACGUGUGGAUUGGUCUAAAUGGAUUAAAACAAGAUGGAUUUUACUGGACUGAUGGAAACGCAAGGCGAUACACCAACUGGGGCUAUUCUAAAUAUCGACGUCGUCCAGGGACCUUUUAUCAAACAUGGAAUGAGGAAGACUGUGUCAUGAUGACCAUCAGUACCACCAUUGGUGCUGGUAAAUGGUUAUCUAAAUCCUGCAAUGACACCUAUGGAUACAUCUGUAAACGAAAUCUUGACCCAUCUAUCCCGUCUCCACCAGACACAGUCAUUCCUAACAGCUAUGUGACUGUGGGAAAUGAUAGCAUCAAGGCUGUAACAAAGAAUCUGACGUGGGAGGACGCCAGGAAAGAGUGUGAAAAUGACAAAGCCAACCUGGCGAGUCUGAGAAAUGAGUGGACACAAGCCUAUGUGGAGCUGCUGGCUAUGAAUCUCAAAGCUCCUGUUUGGAUUGGACUGAACAAAGAGAAGACUGGCGGUUAUUUUAGGUAUGUUGAUGGCUGGCACAUGACCUUUGCCGGCUGGGCUGAAGGUGAACCAAGCAGAGGCAAACCUUGUGUGUACAUGGAUACUGAUGGAAAAUGGUGGACUGCUUUUUGCAAUGAGACCCUAAACAGUGUUUGCAUGCAGACCACAGAUGUGCCACCAACGGAGUCAACCAGCUUCCCAGGAGUUUGCCCUGAAGAGACGAAAGAGGAGUAUCGCCCAAGUUAUAGCUGGACGGCAUUUAAGGGUCAUUGCUAUUUGUUUGUCACAGAUGAAAUUGAAUGGGCAGAUGCAGCUAGUAGCUGUGCAAGGCAUGGUGGAAUGCUGGCCAGUAUUGAAGAUCCUGAUGAGCAGCAAUUCAUUGAAAAGUAUGUGGAAAUAUUUAAAGAUAGCAUAAGCGAUUUCUGGAUCGGCCUGUAUAAAACUCAUAAAGGGACAUGGCAGUGGUUGGAUAAAACAGUCCUAGACUACACUAACUGGGCUCUAGAUGAGCCUGAGAAUGACUAUGGAGAGAUCAGCACCACAGAUGGGACUUGGAAAACAGGUCGCAGAUGGCAUGACAGAGGAUACAUCUGUAAAACAGCCAAAGUGAUUGUGACUGGCUCAGAAUCAAAAGCUGGGCCUCAUUCAGAUGCGGAUUCUCGCAAUCGUGCCCACACAACUUUGAUAGUUGUGCUGAUCAUAACUGCUGUUGCCACCCUAACGGCUGCCGCAUUCUUCUUCCACAAGAAGUCUGCUCAGCCCCAGCCCACAUUUGACAAUCCACUCUACUUUGACAGUGAACGAUCCCAGCCUGACGUGGUGGAUACCAAUAAACUGAUUGAGAAUGCAGAGGUAGAAAACCCUGAGCCAAUUAUAACUCUGUGAUUGAUAAAGCAGCAGAAUCUUAUGGGACUUAUACUGUACUGUAUCCCAGACCGAUGUAUUACAUUUUGAUGCUUCAUUAGUAUUUUUGCUUUGUUCUUUUAUCAUUUUUUUUUACUACAUAGGAUAUAUAUUCAAGUAUUUAACAAUAUGUCGCUAAGUACAAGUUUCAAUGAAGUUGGCGGUGUCUGACGUCAUGGAACAGAACAAUUUAGGCUCUAGGAUGUCUCAAUAGGAAUGAUUUAUAUUGAUUUUCUUUCUUUUUUUAUGAUUCAAUGUAUAUAAUUGUUACAUGUUGUGCUAAUGCUCACUAGAUGCUGUUAAUUGCUUGUACUCUUGUAAAGUAUGUAAUCUCUAUGUUUCUCACUGUUUACAAUUCAACAUUAAACUUGGCACUAAACAAUA